ACUAGAAUAUUUUUUUUUUUUUUUUUUUUAUUACGAGAACUUCUGAAGAAGCAUAGAUCUGACCAGAACACCAUAGUGUAUAGGUUUAUAUAAAGGGAAGUAGAGGGGUCGAACUAAUAACAAAGAAAUUCAAUUACAGAAGUGUUCUAGAUGCAGAACAAAACAAGAAAAGGUAGGCUGACAACGAUGGUGAAUUAAGAACGCAAUUCAGCUGUAAGUGUUGGAAAAAGAACAGAUAAAUUAUGGAUUGAAAUAGAAAGGAACAGUACUGUAGACAGAAAAAUAAAUAAAUAUCUAAGGCUGCAAUACUCAUUAUUACGGACGACAAAUGGAGUGGGAGACAUAUACACGCAGCAGGUAAAAAAAAGUACUCUCAUCAGAGAGCAGAAAGAGAACCGAGAAUAGAAAGAGGAAUACGUAGAGGUCAAAAGCUAGCUUAAGACAAAGGCAUACAAAGCUGAGACAACAAGAGAAAAGAGGCAACACAAAAAAAGUUGUGCAAAUGGGAAGCACCGACAGUGAGAGACCUGUUGUACAAUCACAGAAAACCUGCAGAUCUGACACAGAGAGAGAUGUCCAACUUAUAAUGGAGACAUUUGACAGGGGUACAUAUCUAGCUCAGGCAGAAGAACCCAAGAUCCCGAUCACACAAUGCAGCAGAGAGGAGCUGCUUGAGUCUAUAAAGAACCUGCAGAAUGAGAUAACUGAAAUCGUGGCUGAUAUUGAUGAUUUUGAGCAAAUGGAGCAGAGACGCAAAAUCCAAAAGGAGAAUGAGCUGUACCGAGCUAGCAGGAAAUUUAAUAUGGACCCAGAAAAGGGCAUCCAAAUGCUAAUUGAGAAGAAGUUUCUUGAAAAAGACCCUCAUCAAAUUGCUAGUUUCUUAUAUCAAGGAACAGGACUGAGCAAGUCCGCGAUUGGAGAGUACAUGGGUCAAAUAGAUCCACUCAAUAUUAAGGUUCUUCAUGCAUUUGUGGACUGUCACAAUUUCGAAAAGCUUGGCUUGGUUGAUGCUCUAAGGCAGUUCCUGAGUAGAUUUCGGCUGCCAGGAGAGGCUCAGAAAAUUGAUAGAAUGAUGGAAAGUUUCUCAGCUCAUUACUGCAAGAACAACCCAGAAAUCUUCAAGUCUACAGAUAGUUGCUACAUUGUGUCCUUCUCAUUGAUUAUUCUGAACACUACCUUGCAUAACCCGAAUGUAAAACAGAAGCCAGAUCUCCAGCAAUUCCAGUCCAUACACAAAGGAAUUCAUGCUGGAGGAGACCUACCCACUGAGCUACUGACAGAAAUGUAUGAAAGUCUAAAGAAGGAACCAUUUAAAAUGCCGGAGGAAGAGGAUGCAUGGGAGACAACUCACGCCUUCUACAAACCACAACGUGAAGGUUGGCUACUCAAGUUAGGUGGCCGUGUGAAAACAUGGAAAAAACGAUGGUUUAUUCUCAAGGACAACUGCCUGUAUUAUUUUGAGUGCACCACGGAUAAAGAACCUCUUGGAAUAAUCCCCUUGGAGAAUCUUUCCGUUGAAAGAGCUGAAGACCCCAAAAAGCCACACUGUUUUGAUCUGCAUGCGAGGGGUCAGACAGUCAAAGCUUGUAAGACACACGCUGAUGGUCGCAUGGUCCAAGGGAACCACCAAUCAUACCGUCUAUCUGCCCAAAGCCAUGAAGAGAGAGAAUGCUGGAUGCAGAGCCUCAUAUCCAGUAUAUCAUGGGAUCCAUUUUAUGAUAUUGUAUCUAUUCAGAAGAAAAUAACAGCAAUCAAGAAGAGUCAUUAAUGAGGAUGGAUCAUGUGUGAAUAUGUAGAAAUAUAAGACGCCUGGACUGGUAAACUUUACAGGGAACUUGGAUCAUCAUGUUAAGAUAACAACACCUCUUUUAAAGCAGACUUUCAAUAUUAAAUAUAUGUAAAUAGUGUUAUGCGAAACACAUCACAAAUAAUGAAGGGGGUAAUGAUACAGGAAGCAUAUUACAGUCAGAAGGGAAAACCCUGCCUGAAUUGGGUAUUCUCCCUCCACACCUUCUCCCAAAGUUGUUUCUUUCCAUUGAAAAUCUGUCGAUCUGUCAAAUAGCUUCAUCCAUUUUGUUUUCAUGGCUGUUCUGCGGAGUAGUUGGAGGUUUCAUUGUUAUAUCAAGUUAUAGUGCCUGCUAUAUGAAGCAUGAUAUAAGUUCAGGCCACCGUGAGAGUUACCUGUAUAUAGGCAAUUUGAUUUAUUUAGUAUAUAGGCCGAAUUUUCAAGGUCCAACAGCAACAUAAUGUGAGGAAAUCUCCUCAUUGUACCUAAUAAUCUACACUCUGUGUUUUAAGAUGAAAGGUCAUUGUAGUAAGAAUUCCCAUUAUUAAUCUGCAAGGUACCUGGGUGACCACUAUUAGCUACAUCUAACAGAGUUUAUUUAUUAAACUGGGAACCAAGUUCGGGAAUUGUUGGCCUAUGAUUUGCAAUUCACCAAUUAGGUGAAUAAUUAUCUGAAUGCUAAAUACUCACAAACUUUUAACA